AUGGCAGCGCAAAGUGGAUGUACAUCAUACGACAAAACGGUCAAGACUCAGAAGAUCAAGGAGUACAACCGCCCAGACAUAAUAGUGGCGGACCGACGGAGGAACAUGAUCACCAUCGUGGAAAUAGGAAUAAUAAACCAAGGCAACCUGGUGGAGACGAAAUCCAAGGGAAGAAAGUACGAAACUCUAAUCGAGGACCUGAAGGCGCGGCAAUUCAACCAGCAAACGAUAGUCAGCGCAACCCCCUACGUUGUGACGUGGGAGGUAAUAGUAACUAAGCAACAUACCAAGUACGCGCGGGACUUGGGCACAUCGGAUCGCCUGGAAGCCCAUAUACAACGGGUUGUGAUCCAAGCAACACAAAAACCAAUGUUGAGGGACAUGAAACCCAGAGAAGAUUAUGACUGUGAAUGA